GAAUCGAUCCAUUUUUGAAUUCGUACAUUGUGAACAGAGGGUUUUCAGAGAUGGCAGCAAAUCAGCAAGAGUUGAGAAGUAUGUUCAGCACAAACAAUUUCAUCACUUUGCUUUGGCUGCUUGUGUUAGUGGUGUUUGCAGCAUUGGGCACCGUCAAGUCCCAGUCAAUCGUCGAGACCCUACCGGGCUUUCCCGGAAAACUUCCUUUCAAACUUGAAACUGGAUAUGUGGGCGUGGGGGAUGCCGACGAUGUGCAACUGUUUUACUACUUCAUUGAAUCCGAGGGGAACCCAAAGAAGGACCCUCUCUUGCUCUGGCUCACAGGAGGCCCUGGUUGUUCUUCUCUCACCGGACUCCUUUACGAAAUUGGUCCAUUGUCAUUUAAUUAUGAAGAUUUCGAUGGAAAUCUACCAACAUUUUUGUUGAACCCAUAUUCAUGGACAAAGGUUGCUAGCAUAAUAUUUUUAGAUGCUCCCGUUGGCUCGGGAUUCUCAUAUGCAACAAGCUCCCAAGGUUACAAUAUCACAGAUCUAACAUCUGCAGCACAAACCUAUGAAUUCUUGAGGAAGUGGUUAAAGGAUAUUCACCCAGAAUUCAUGUCGAAUGUACUAUACGUUGGUGGUGAUUCAUAUUCCGGCAUCAUCGUUCCUAUCAUUGUUCAAGAAAUACAUGACGGUAACAGUGUCGGACGCUCGCCGUUAAUAAAGCUCAGUGGGUACUUGCUUGGCAACCCAGUAACAGAUAGACGUGGCGAUGCCAAUGCAAAAGUAGAAUAUGCUCGUGGCAUGGCACUUAUAUCUGAUGAACUCUAUCAGGCGGUCAAAAGAAGCUGUGACGGUGAGUACGUGGUUGUAGAUCCAGAAAAUGUAGAAUGUUUGAAAGAUCUUGAAGCUGUGACGAGGUGCAUCGAAAAACUCGAUCCCGCCAACAUUUUGGAACCCUAUUGUCCUCUAAUUUCCCCAAAAUCAGAUGGAGUAAGAUGGAAUAUUCAAGCAUUUCUUGAACAAAAUCCUAUGUUGAUUCAUAUGCCUCAUUCAUGGUCUAAACCUCCUGCCUUAUGGUGCCGGGUUUAUACAUACGUUCUCUCUUACAUUUGGUGUAAUGAUGAAAAUGUACAAAAGGCUCUUCACAUCCGGAAGGGAACAAUAAAGAAUUGGGUAAGAUGUAAUGAGAGCAUGUCCUACACAUAUGAUGUUAUCAGUACCGUUGAUUAUCAUCGAAAUUUCACCGAGAUCACAGGUUAUCGAUCGUUGAUUUUGUGGGCACCCUAGAAUGGAUAAGAUCCCUCAACAUGACUCUCAAUGAUGUUUGGGAGCCAUGGCUCGUGGAUGGUCAAGUUGCCGGGUACACAAUGGACUUCGUGAAGAAUCAAUAUAGUAUGACUUAUGCUACGGUCAAGGGAGCGGGUCACACAGCUCCGGAGUACAAGCCUAAACAAUGUUUUGCCAUGGCGGAUAGGUGGUUUGCUCACUACCCUCUAUGAUCUAACAGCUUCGGACGUUCUGAACAUCUUGAGACGGAGCCAGAUGUUCAGAACAGAGCUAGAAUUUUGUAAUUUGAAGGGCUAAAGUAUGAAUGAACGGUUAAAUCUAAUUUUAAUAAGGUUUCAAUUCUAGUUUGUAAACCUAAAAAUACAUAUUUAUUUAACUUAAUA